UGCUUGGUUAGUGGUGUCUCUGUAGCACACAUGUGAUUGCAGAGUUUGCUGAACAAAUCACAACUGGAUUGAUGCAAAUAAUCAUGAUAUCAUUCUGCCAGGUUUUUGGGAAAGCUUUUCCAUCAACCAGAAGAUGGUUGUCAUUAGCAUCAUCGCUAACAGCUACACAUAGUGGUAGACAAAUGCACUCAGACAGGGGCAUUUCUGGGCUGUUUCCUCUUCAGAAAGUUGAAGGAAAACACAGAUCACUUAGGUGAAUUUAAAAACGACUUGCAGGCAGCAGGUUCAGAAUAACUAUGAGAAAAAAUGAAUACAAAUUAUACCACCACCCAAAAGGGCACUUUAGAGACAGGAAGUACAAAACAGCCCUGGAGAAAAGUAUUAACUGUAAGAAGUAAGACAAAACAUAACACCUGGUUUUUUUUAAUGACCUCUUUUGACAUUGCUUUAUUUUUGUUCCAAUCUGCGUUACCCACUCCAGUCAGUAGAUGGCGAUAUGAGUCUUUCAGGUGAUGCUUCUUGCGUGACGUAUAAUCUAGUGGACGGACAGGAGGCUUCUUCAACAAAAGGCUUCUGAUUCAGCCAACGCGGUGGUUAGCUAGCCAACAUACAACCGAAACAUUGAAGCUCUUUAGACUAAUAUUGUGUAUAUUAAUCUUGGUGUUUAGAACACAGUUCUGUUUACGUAUCUACUAGUUCAUUUAAACGCAAUUUGAUUCUUAAAUUAGCGAAUGUGUUAACUUGAUACUGCGCUAGGCUAAUCUCCCGGAGCAUGAGCUCACUAAACUAGACGGAGAAAGAAGCUCUGGUGAAAGGACAGGAAGAAGCUUGAAGAAUGAAAAAGGAGGAAGAGGAGGCUAUCACAUUGAAAGAAGAGGAUGAUAUUACAGUGAAAGAGGAAGAUGGGAAAGAGGUUGUCAGAGUGGAAAGGGAGGAGGUAGAAGCUUUCGGAAUCAAAAAGGAGGAAUAUGCCAUAACAUUGAAGGAGGAGAAUGUAGUGAAAGAAGAGGAAGAACCUUUCAGAAUCAAAAAGGAGGAAGACGCCGUAACAUUGAAGGAGGAGAAUGUAGUGAAAGAAGAGGAAGAACCUUUUGGAGUAGAAGAGGACGCUAUCUCAAUAAAAGAGGAGGAGGAAGACGUUUUACGAGUGAAAAGGGAGGAGGAGGAGUCAGAAUAUCCGAUUACCACCAGAGAGAGACAUGACUAUUGUGGAUGCUUUGGGGACCCUCAACAACAUCCUGAUGCUGACGAGUCAGAGAAGAGUCUCUCCAGAUCAGAACACCAGAUGGACAACGCUAGCCCUUCCUCCCUCCUGGAGUCCCCGUGUCGUGCCUCUCCCGGUAGCGCCUUACUGCUGGAUAUGAAAAGGUUGUCUGUGCUGCUGGUGGACUGCAGGAAAACAACGGGGCUGAGUGGAACUGUGAGAGGAGGAGAAGAGAAGAAAGGAUCAGAUUUGACACCUCAAAGAGAAAGACCAGACUCCGAGGAACCAGUGCCAGAGACGUCCAAACCAGCAAGACGACACCACUGCUCCCACUGUGGAAAGGGUUUUAAACAGUUACGGGACCUGAAACAACAUGAGAGAAUACAUACAGGAGAAAAGCCGUACCACUGCGCCCAGUGUGGAAAGAAUUUUAACCACAAAGGAUACCUGAAACAACAUGAGAGAAUACACACAGGGGAGAAACCGUACCACUGCUCCCAGUGUGGAAAGAGCUAUAACCAGAGAGGAUACCUGAAAAAACAUGAGAAAAUACACACAGGGAGGAGUUUUAACCAGAAAGCACACCUGAUCCAACAUGAGAGAAUACACACAGUGGAGAAGCCAUACCACUGCUCACAGUGUGCAAAGAGUUUUACAAGGUUAGGGGGCCUGAAAAUACAUGAGACAAUACAUACAGGAGAAAAGCCGUACCACUGCUCCCAGUGUGGAAAGGGUUGUAACCACUUAAGUGGACUGAAAAGACAUGAGAGAAUACACACAGGUGAGAAGCCGUACCACUGCUCCCAGUGUGGAAAAGGUUUUACCCAGUUAUGUAACCUGAAAACACACAAGAGAAUACACACAGGGGAGAAGCCUUACCACUGCUCCCAGUGUGAAAAGAGUUUUAAGGAGUUAGGUAACCUGAGAAGACAUGAGGUAAACCACACAGGAGGUAAGGAUGUAGGCCUCUGAACAGUAGGACAUAGGACAGAUGUAGGCCUCUGAACAGUAGGACAUAGGACAGAUGUAGGCCUCUGAACAGUGGGACAUAGGACAGGAGAAUGCUCAAUACAUGGUGGGACAGUAGUCCCCAAUAGAUUUUGGGACAGUAGUCCUUCUUUCGUUCAUAAUGCGUUUGAGCCAAUCGGUUGUGAUGUGACAAGGUAGGGGGUUAUACAGAAGAUAGCCCUAUUUGGUAAAAGAUUGAGUCAACAUUAGGGCAAGAACAGCUCAAUUAAGCGAAGAGAAACGACAGUCCAUCAUUACUUUAAGACAUGAAGUCAAUCAAUCCGUUUCUUCAAGCGCUAUGUUGAAACUGGCUCUCAUGAGGACCGCCACAAGAAAGGAAGACCCAGAGUUACUUCUGCUGCAGAGGAUAAGUUCAUUAAAGUUACCAGCCUCAGAAAUUGCAGCCCAAAUAAAUCCUUCACA